AUGUACGCCAAUGCCGUAUUUGGCAUUUGGCCCUUUAUUUUCGAAGAUUACCCGACUCUAAAAAAGAUCUACGAUGUGUACUGUAAAAUUACUCUCACCUACUACUUCCUCUUCAUCGUAUCAGGCUGGAUUAAGUUCUUCCAGCUGUUCCAAGAAAUUCCCAUACCCGCUACGGAGAUCAUGGGGAACAUUUCCAUCACCUUCAUCUACAGCGUCACUAUUUGGAGAGCUCGGGCAAUAAGGGGACCUAGAAUGAUGAAUAUUAUAAAGAAUGUUAUAGAUUGGGAGAAAAAGAUCAUGGACAGUGAGGAUCAACCACUUAUAGAUAUAUUUAAUAACUAUGCGUGGCAAAAUAGAAUUAUCAGUCAAGUUUUUAUUAUAACUGUGAUAAUUGUAACCAACUUAUUUUUCGUUCAUCCCCUCGGCUUGGAUCCUAGGGCAAGGUAUGAUCCUGUUACAAAUGAAACAGUAUACAUAAGACCGCUUCCACUCUCGUCAUGGUUUCCGUUUGAUGACCAAAAACAUUACCUAAGAGCUUACAUGUUUCAUAUCCUAGACGCUUAUGUAGGAGCUUCCUUCGUCAACAAUACAGAUUUAUUUUCGUUUGGAAUCAUCACAUUUCCAUUGGGACAAACUGUUAUUCUAAAUUAUAUCUUAUCCCAUUUUGAAGAUUACGUUGUUAAAAUACAAGAACAACUUGGUGUGGAUAGGGAUGAAGCUAGCUUUAUCACAUUGAGAGAAUGUAUUCUGAAACACAAGGAUAUCAUAUCAUACAUUCAUGCGUUUAACAAAGAAAUGAAUAUAGUAAUUCUUCUAGAUUUUCUUCAAAGUUCUUUGCAACUAGCUGCAAUAGUAUUGCAACUGAUAUUUGUACGUAAAAAUUGA